UCUGCUGCUGUGAUCCCUUUGCUCGCAGUUUUAUUCUGCAGAUUGGUUUAGACUGGGGCAGAGACAUGAGCUAAUUGUAUCCUGAUCUUUGCCUUGAGGGGUUUCGGAGCCCUGGAGCAAGUAUUCUCUGUAUUUUGUUCUGUCUACCUUAGCCAAGCUAUUGCAUUUCUCACUGGUGUAGGAAGAGAAGCAGAUCGUGGGCCAAAUCGGAGGGAAAAGGUGCACAAAAAGAUACUUUUGUGCCGCUCUAUGUAUCAGGAUAAUCGCUCCAGCAUGUCCAGGCCCAUGAUCACACGGUCACCAGUGUCUCCCUUGAGUAACCAGGGCAUCCCCACACCUGCACAGCUCACCAAGUCCAACGCCCCUGUGCACAUCGAUGUGGGCGGACACAUGUACACCAGCAGUCUGGCCACCUUAACAAAAUUCCCAGAGUCCCGAAUUGGCCGUCUCUUUGAUGGCACAGAGCCUAUAGUCCUGGACAGCCUGAAGCAGCACUACUUCAUUGACAGGGAUGGACACAUGUUCCGCUACAUCCUCAACUUCCUCAGGACGUCCAAGCUCCUCAUCCCAGAUGACUUCAAAGACUACAGUCUGCUGUAUGAGGAGGCGCGGUACUUCCAGCUGCAGCCCAUGCUUGCGGAGCUGGAGCGCUGGCGCCAGGACCAGGAGCUGGGCCGGGUGUCACGUCCCUGCGAGUGCUUGGUGGUGCGUGUUGCGCCCGACCUGGGCGAGAGGAUCACGCUCAGCGGCGACAAGGCUCUGAUCGAAGACGUGUUUCCGGAGAUUGGUGAUGUCAUGUGUAACUCUGUCAAUGCCGGAUGGAACCAUGACUCCACGCACGUCAUCCGCUUCCCACUCAAUGGGUACUGCCACCUCAACUCUGUCCAGGUUCUAGAGCGUCUCCAACAACGUGGCUUCGAGAUUGCCGGCUCCUGCGGCGGAGGCGUGGACUCAUCCCAAUUCAGCGAGUACGUCCUGAGGAGGGAACUGAGGAGGACAGGUCAGCGAGGACCCAAUUCAAACAGGAUAAAGCAGGAGCAGCUGGACUAGAAUCCUCCUGAGCAGUAGGAGGUGCUAGACUUUUCUGCGGCAGCCAAACGCUCGAUGCUGCAGAGCUCUGUGGACUCUGUUUUUCUUCGUUUCCUUGUUGAUGUUUUGUUUUCUUAAACUUGAGAACCAUCUAGAGAAUAAAAAAGAGGUGCAACAGGAGAUUUUUGCCAUAAGAAGAUACAAGACAUUUGAUAAGUUUGAGAUUGCAAGGACAUUUGUGAUUGUCUAGCCCCCAUAAACCAAUUUAAAAAGGAUUUAUAUACGCUGGAUCCCCAAACAAAGUUUGUUUUAAAACUUGGAGCCUACAUUAGGUUGAAUAUGAUUUCUAUUAUACCCAUAUAAAUUAAAAAGGCUUUUAUCGCUUAUGUAGUAUGUUGCAUAGCUUGUCACCAGUGACUUGAUUUUGUUGUCUCACUGGCCAAUUGGCUACGUCUGUUUUUAUCCCUCGCUGUAAAAAGGUCACAAAUGUGUUGCAUACAGUACAGAAUGUCUCAGUUGUCAUAAACAAUUAGUUUCAACAAAGCAUCUUUUUUUUUUUCUUUUUUUUUUUUUUACAAUUAACAUGAUGUUGAAUAUUGUGAUACAAAUGAAGUGUUGUUUUUUUUUUGUUUUUUUUUACCUUAAUGGAAGUUAUUUUAUUGGAUUAUGCCAUAAAAUAUAGUUGACAUUAGUAUCAUCAAAAAUUUUACAUCAAAGACCAUUCUAUAAGCAGUAAAGAAAAUAAUUUAGUAAAUUAUUAUGUCACACCAUUUGCCUCAUUGGGGAGUAUGAACUACUAACCCCCAUGUGCUACCUUGGGAAUUAUUUAAUUGGAUCAUAAUAUUCCUCUGAGUGAUGACCUGUAAAGUUUUUCAUUGUAUAUGUGUUUGUGUUUUUUACAUUGAAUCUUUUUCAAGCAAAUUUGUUGCCUCAGACAUGACUGAACAGAUUAAAAGCUUAUUGUACUACCCACUCCAAGAUCACUUUUACUUGUAGCACAUAUUGAUAUGAAGUUGAAUAUAAAGUAUUUCUAAGACGACUGACCCACCUACGCUCCCUAGAUUUGAGUUAAGAGGAAUGUAGCAAAAAAUGUGAAAUAAAUCUCAACUAAAGUUG